GAAGUGCUCGUUGUGUACCGAGUUAGUUUCCGUUUUGAAGUUCACAGUUAAUUGGAUAUUGGUUAAUUUGGAGGAAUGAAUUCAAGAUGAAUUCAUUACCAAUACUGCAAUCAGUGGACCAAAAUUUAUCGUGCAAGGCAGCAGGAAUAAGUAAAAUGGAAAACACUAAACCAAAUGAUAAGAAACUGGCACAAUCAAAGUUCGCAUUCAAACAUAACGGGCCAAAAAAAGUGUUUCACUGCACGAUGCAGAGUGUUUUGCAAUCCGAAGAUUGCUGGAUCGCUGAGGAAGUUCUAGAAGAAUCAAACGAGAAAAGCAAUCUGGAACUCGAAGAUAUUUACGAUGAGGUGUUUCGCUUAAAGCGGCGCGUAAAUCGACUCAAUUACCAACUAGGUACCAAUAUACCGGAAUGCCCAAAAAUAGAUCCCUGCCUGGAUGAUCAUAUAUUUUUGACAAAUGUAAAGGAAGUUCAUCCCGAAAUUCUUCAGCUGAAGUUUGCAAGCCAUAAACUACAGCACCAACUGACUCAGAUGCAAUCCGUCCGAAGAUCAUCCAAUCUGGCCAAAAAACUGGUACGGGAUGAAUACUGCAGAAGCAAGAAAUUAGGGGAUCAGUUGCAGAUUGAAAUUCAAAAACUAGACUCCUUUAAGCUCAAAUUCGAAAAACAUCAAGGACUAUGUCUUCAACGGUUUAGGUUCUUGGACCAAGAUAAGUAUACUGGCAGGGAGUUCUAUGAAUUUAUAGAAAAAAGUAAUGAGAUGAUAACAACUCAACUUAAAAAGCAGAUGUUAAAGAGUGAAUACAAACCUUUUCGGAAGGAAGCCGCUAGGGUGACAAUCUCUUUAAAAACAGCCGCGGAAAAUUUGCAAGAUUAUCUUUCAAGCGUGAUAAAUAACAAAAAAUGUGAAAUCUUCCAGAACGUGAAAAAUUCCUGUGUAUCCAUUCGUUCAGACCUUUAAUACUUUUAUAUUUUUUCGAACUCCGAUUCGGCUUACUUCAAGGCGGCACCACGAGCCGCCCAAGCUCUUGUAUCACCGGCACACAGACCUACUUAGCUCGUCCACAAUAAACCCACAAAGCCCUCUUUAAAUUGUUCAAUUUGUCAGGAUCCACGGGCCGGCCCUCCAUAUGCGAAUUCCUUGAUUAUGUUGGUCAUCGGAGGAGUCGCAUCCACGGGACGGCAUCUGCCACAAAUGGUGGUACCCUAAUGUACAUUUGACUAGGAAGAGCAUGUAUUUUCUUACAUGCGAUGUGUUUCGGCAUCCUGUAGGCCAAAAAAGAAAAAUAAUAUAAAAAUGUUAUAAUUUCUAUAUGUAUAUACAUAUAUGUAUAUAUAUUUUGUACGCAACUGAUAUAUGUAAGAAAUUGUAUCUAUUACGUUUUAAAUAUAUUUACAUU